GCCCGCCUCCCGCGGUGGCGGCACGGCCAUGCAGCAGUACUUCUCCCUGGCCGACUGCGAGGUGAUGGGCUUCGAUUUGGAUCACACGCUGUGCCGUUACCACCUCCCGCAGAGCGCGGCGCUAAUAUAUGAUAGUUUUGCUCAAUAUCUGGUAACGGAGAAGGGUUACGACAAAGACUUGCUGACUCUAAAUCCAGAAAGCUUAGACUUCUGUUGUAAAGGCUUGGCAUUGGACCUUGAAGAUGGAAACUUCCUGAAGCUUGCGGAAGAUGGAACAGUUUUGAGGGCAAGUCAUGGCACUAGGAGUAUGACAUCUGAAGAGAUUCUGGAGAUUUAUGGAAGGAGGGAAUGGAAGCAUUUUAGUACAGUCAGUGGAAUGCUUUCCCGCUCAGCCAAAUACUAUCUGUAUGACAAUUAUUUUGAUCUACCUGGAGCCCUCCUGUGUGCAAGGGUUGUGGACAGUUUAGAUCAGCACGAUGGUCAGAAAAAAUAUGACUUCUGGAAGGACAUGGUGGCUGCUAUCCAGCAUAAUUAUAAAAUAUCAGCUUUUAAAGAGGACUGUGGGACAUAUUUCCCAGAAGUGAAAAAUCAUCCAGAAAAAUACUUACAAAGAUGUCCCAGUUCUGUAAAAAAGUGGCUGAAACAACUGAAGAGUGCUGGGAAGAUUCUGCUACUAAUUACCAGUUCUCAUAGUGACUAUUGCAGGCUCCUGUGUGAAUAUAUUCUUGGAAAUGAUUUUGAGGAGUAUUUUGAUGUUGUGAUCACAAAUGCUUUGAAACCUGGCUUUUUCUCCCAUACUCCAAACCAAAGACCUUUCCGAACUCUUGAAAAUGACGAAGAGCAAGAGGCUCUGUUAUCACUGGACAAGCCGGGCUGGUAUUCCCAAGGUAAUGCUAUCCAUCUUUAUGAACUACUGAAGAAGAUGACUGGAAAGUUGGACCCCAAGGUUGUUUAUUUUGGUGACAGCAUGCACUCAGAUAUUUUCCCAGCUCGUCACUAUAGCAACUGGGAAACUGUCUUCAUCUUGGAGGAGCUUCUAGGGGACAAAGUUAUGGUGCCUACAGAGACUGAAUCUGAGCCCUUGGAGAAGAAAGGAAAAUAUGAGGGAUAUCAGCCCAAAAUUCCUUACUCUGUAUCUGAGCAGUGGGGUUCUUUCUUCGUGGACAGACUACCAGGUCUGGAAAAUGCAGAGGAAACCUUAGUUCGCACAUGGUCCUGUAAAUGCAUUAGCACUUACAGCACUAUUGCAAUCCCUAGUCUUGAAGCAAUUGCAGGACUUUGAGUCGUCGGUCUGCUUGCUGUAUAAAUAUAAUGCUGAAAUUGCCAGUGAACCAUAGCAAAGGAGUUCAUGUUUCUGCUUAGAGUUGCAAAUUGUCUGCACAAUGGAAAGCAGAAGGCAGCUGUGGCUGGGACAUUGGAGCUAGCAAAGUGUGUGUCGCAGAUACAUGGGUCUGCCUGCCACACAUUGGCUGCAAAUCACAUUCAGCAUGUGUUUUAAAGGUGAAUGUCCGUGAGGAAUGUAUUAUUACUGUGAAAGUCAUGAAUUUAACUAAGCAUGUAGCCAUGUAUAAUUUCUAUAUCUUGAGCAUUAUCAUGUGUAAUUAUUACUAGCGUGAAACAACAGAAAAAAACCCAACCACCAUAUGUUAAUACAUUUAUUCUAUGCUUUUUCAUUGAAAUUACGUUGUAUUUAGUCAAAUCUAGCUCCUAUUAAAAUUAGACUUCCCUAUAACCAGAGAGAUAAUAACAAACUCUUACUCAUUCGAAUUAUGUAAUAAUGAUAUAACAUAACUUAAACAAAUAGAAGUAUAUAUAUAAUUAAUCAUUAAUUAGUAGUAAACUUUAAUAUCUAACGCUUUACAACCAUGCUUUUACUUAACACUUUCAAUGUAAGAAUGUAUCUACACGGUAUCCUAGAGACUUCAGUUUAACAAAAUGCUUGGAGGAUUCUGACUUCCUUCUGGGCUUAGCUGCUGUAAAAAGCAUUUGCUAUUAAAAGACCCUAGAGAUUAUUUUUAGAGCAAACCUUUCUUGAAAGGAACACAUUUUUUUUUAAUGUUAUAUAUAUACACGUAUAUAUGUUUCUGAACCUCUUUCUGGUUCCGCUAUUCUGGUACCAAAAAAAACUGGUAGCAAAGAUAGUUUACUGAAGAUGUGUUCAGGUUGUCUUAGCAGCAUCUUGCUCUGACUCUAUGUGUAAACUGAAAAAUGUUAGAUAAUUUAAAUCUGAUAUAACUGUUCCAGGAAACUAGUUUCAGUGCUCGUAUUUUGAAACAACAUACUCGACACAACAGACAAAUAUAAUGUAUUUAUUUUUUCAGCUGCAAAAAACAACUCAAACUGACAAUAGAUUGCAGCUCAACCAUAAAAAAAUUAUGAUUAACCACUACUACUUGUAAACAGUCUUCGGGACCUGGUAUUCGCCAAAGGGUAUGAGACCAACUUUUCCAAAGGAUUUAAUCAAAUAUCUCGUUAGUAAUUUUGGACAUAAAAUGGACGAUUCACAGUGUUACAUUUUGGUCUGCCUUUCACUGCUCCUCCAGAAAGGUGUAUUGACUUGUGCCCCUGAAGGCUGCGUCAAGUCAUGCAGAACCCAAAAAAUUACUUCCUAGCCAAUAACUGACAGAAAUGUUCCUGCAAUCCCUGUUCUACUCCGUGAAAUGUCAAAGCACAGCCACCUCUAAAAGAUUAAAGGGAGUACUCAUGAGCAACUCAUUAGGAAAGGUGGAACCACUCAGUCAUUUCUACUUUAAAGUUAUCCUUCAACUCAAGCAGCAUAAUUUCAUUUGCAGGCAGCAAUUAAAACUAUAAUUGGGUUUUGACUGAAUCGCGUGCUUUAGGGGUGGGUUUCGGUUUCUUCUCUGAAAACACAGAUGGUAAUAAAACAUGUUGAUAAUUUUGAGUGUGGAAAGCAAUGCAAGUAGGUAAGCCACCAAGUGUUAGAAAUAGUUCUUUAACUAGAUCAAAUGUUACAUAACUCGCAAUCUUAUAUAUACAAAAGAAAAAAAGAAAGAAGUUGCUGGUACCUUCAUGUCAUCUGGUGUCUGACAUAUUCCCUCUGGAUUAAGAUGAUAACACAUGAAAAAAACAAGACAGGCUUUGUCUUCACUGUUUAAAAAUCUUAAUGUGUGUGACUUUUUACCUUUCGGUAAGCAAUGUUUGUCACCCAUCACAAAACAAACAAACGAACAGGAAAGGAAAGCAAAACAUUUAUUUUACAGGAGAGGGGAAUGUUAAUCUGAGUUUGGAGAGUGAUGUUGGUUGCAGCGAGUUUGCCUCAAUAAGUACACUGACUUAUAAUCACUGCAUUUCAUCUUAGUGUGGCUCUCAUGCCUUCACUGUCUGAAAAUACAGCUUGGUUCUUUUCCUUCCUCAGAAAUACCUGUAAUCUCAAUUGCUUGUUUUCAGGCUCCUUUAGUUUAGCUCCCAGAAGCCCUUCCCACCUUCCCCACACCCGUGAUGAGUCAUUCAAACACCUUAAUUGAGUGAUCCCUGAAAGACUAUCACAUGCCAUUAGGAUCUUGUCUUAGAUUUAUUUUUUUUAGAUUGUCUUUAUCUAAAUAUUUGAGAGUACUAUAGCGUAAUGGUUUGAUCACUUGCAGAACAGCAACUGGGAAGGGCUAGGUGCCAGGAUAGCUCUUCUGGCCAGAGGCAUGUUACAAAUACUCCUUCCUUGGAGACACUCAAGGUCAGGCUGGAUGGGGCUCUGAGCAAGCUGAUCUAGCUGUAGGUGUCUCUGUUCGUUGCAGAUGAGUUGGAGCAGAUGACCCUUAAAGAUCCCUUCCAACUCAAAAGAUUCUAUGAUUCUGUGUGGCAGAGCAGCGGGCAUGUUCUCCAAACAGUGCAGUAGCGAUGGGAAAAGCUGUUGAAGGGCUGCUAUUAAAGCAGAAAUUCUGCAGUUUCACCGAAAGCAAUAUUAGUCUUUAUCUGUAGAUGCAUAAACUACACUGGCUCACGCAGCUGGCACUCUCAAUGUGCUGUAUCCAAGCUGAGAAGCUUUAUCACCCUCCUUCUCUAGAGCACCCCGCUGCUGAUGAGUCUCCCAUCUCAAACAAACACCUACACAGAUGUGUAUCCUCCUCCUCUCUCACUGUUUAGCUGCAGAGCCUGCAAACAGCAGCAGUGACUUUCAGGUAAUUGGUAGAAGGAAUGCUCUCUUAAGUACUUCAGGAGCUUUGGGUUAAUAAAGAAAACAUCUGAUCUCCUGUUUAGGAAAAUCUGCCUGAGAUGUCUUGCUAAAAAUAAUUGCUACCAGAUAAAUCUAAUUGCGUUUUUUUGUUUUUACUACUAGUGCAUUCCUUCACAUUCCCAGCUCUUGCUGCAAAAGCUGUUGUGAUUUUUAUAAAAAAGAAUUAGGUCAGAAGGUAAAAAUAUUUCAUAUUUCCAGAAACACUCUACACUCAGUACUGUUUACCUGUAGGUUGGCAGGCCACAGAGUAGUUCUCUUGGCAGUGCAGCCAAAAGUGUGCUUACUCUUAAAAAGUGUGUUAAGAAAUUAUUUUAGAAAUUGUUACCAUUAAUAAAUUAACAUUUUCCUUUUUCUUCAACAACUUUUCAAUGCAAGCAAAGUUCUAUGGCAAAGCUCCUAAGCUAUAGUAAAUUACUAGAAUUCCUGUAAAAACAAGAGAAUUAAUAUUGGCUGAUGAUUGCCCAUAUAGCUAUACUACCUGCAUGCUGAGCCACAUGAUAGAUGGUCUGUUGUGUUUUGAUAUUUGCUACAAUUAAGCAGUUUGAAGGUUUUCAAAGUCAAAUUGUAUUGGUGAAGAGCUUUUUGAUUCCCCCCACACCCCCACUUGUCCCUUGAUAACAAUCAGAAGCACACAUAUGGGCUCAGUCAGUCCUGCCCUUCUCUUUACUACAUUCUGCAGCCCUGUUGCCUCCAGGAGUGGGAACGCCUUCUUCUGUGGGAUUCUCAUGCAUCACCAGCAUGCUGCUGAGCUGUCACUGCAAAAGAAUGUUGUUCUCCUUUUGGUGGUCACUAUUGCAAAAUUCUUUGUGAUACUUCUUCUGUGUGUUUUGAGAGAAAUUUGCAUUGGGCUCGGACUGUGCUUUUAAUUGGAGAAAUAUCUUUCACCUAAAGACUUUGGUUAAGGCUAUAAUUGCUGCACGUAUUGAUUUGUUCAAGGAAAUCUCAGAGAAAGAUUAAAUAAGAGUAUUAAGUUUAUCAAGCAAGGCUAUGUCAGGGUUAGAUUAUAACUGACUUUCAUUUAGUUACUCAAAUAUUUUCCUGAUUACUCAUCUAAAGUACUACGUUUUCCCUUCUUCUUGUGGUUUUUCCCCUUCCUACCCUGUGGCUACAACUCUCGUGGUUAUUUUUUUUUCCCAGUAAAAGCUUUUGGCUUUCAUAUAUUGGCUUAUAUAACCAAGUAGCAACUGAGACGUAGUCAAGCUAAUAAGUACAAAAUAAAUCCAUCUUUAUCACCUAACUACAUGUAUGAAUAUGGAUAUGCCAAAGCAUCAGAGCACAUUAUAAUUUAUGUCACUUAACAGCUGGAUUUUAGUAGCUGGAACACAGCAUCUUAGUGACUGCAAUAAGCCUGGCAGUGGUUACUGUUUAGAUAUCACCAUCUCCAUUUUAUUUAAACCAGGGCUGCUUGAGCCCUGCAAGUGAGAUUGGGCUGGGAGACCUUCUGUGAUCAGCAGAUCACAGCCUUGAGCCAUUGGGAAGCACCAGGAUACUCUGCCUGCCCAAUUACUGCGAAGGGAGCUGGCAUUCAUCACUCACUGACACAGGCUCUGCUUUGGAAGCAAGAAUAUUCCCAAGGCUACAUCUGGCAACUAGAAUUCUUGUAGAUCUAGAAAAGGAUAUAGACCAUGAGACACUCCAUGUUUGGCUUUGAGGAGGCUGGGCUCCAAAAGUGAAUACCAGGAACAAGAUGAGUUUUGGUGGAAUUACCUAUGUAUGAUAGAAAAUUUCCAGGAUUUAGGUUCCUACACAGCCUCUUUGGGUAAAGCCAGCUAGAUGUUUCUUCCAACCUCAAUCUGUUUAGUUUGUAUGAGGUUCUUUUGUGGUUGCUUUCCUUUUUGUUGUUUUAUGUCCUAGGUGAGUGGCAAUAUGAGAUGAGGUUUGUGUUGAAUCCAUUGCUGUCGUAGGCUAGCACUGAUCAGAGCCCCACUGUAAGAGAGCUGUGUAUGCGCCCCCUUCUAAUUUACAGCUCUCCAUCAGGGCUGGGUGAGAAGCGAAUGCCCAAUGUAAAGUUCUGCCAGGACAGCAGCAGCUGUGAGCGUGCACAGUAGCAGAGCCUAAAGACAUUUAUUGGCAAAAAUACUAGGAAACAAUCAUUUUGGAAAUGAGCACUCAUUUCUUUCCUAACAGAGGCCUGCUUUGUUAUCAAAUACUGCAUCUUUUAUUAUUAUUAUUAUUUCCUUUAUUUUUUUUUUUAAAGCAAGCAGUGUUCAUUUCUCCUCUAUGCCACCAGUGACAGUAGGAAAUAAGAUCAAGUACAAAAUCAAUUGCUGCUGUGUCCAAGAGGCAAACUUAAGACCUUUACCGUAGUUCUUUGCUAAUGAGCCAGCACUGCUGAUACCACUGCCAUCUGUAUCCAGAGAAGUUGGACUGAGCUUUGGUGUACAGUUAGUUAACAUGAAUUCUUUGCCAUCCAAGGCAACUGCAAUUUGUGUGAUGUUUCAGAGUUUCCAGAAGAGCUAAGUUUAAAAGAACUUACAGCACACUUCCUCUCUGACAUUUUCUGGAUUUCCAUUUUUUCAUAAUUUUAUAUCCCCCCUCAAUAAAAAUCUUCAUUUUUCUUUCUUUGUGUAAUUACCCUUCAUCUUCACUCUGAUUUAUUUAUAGCUUCUAGGAUUCCAAGUGCAUAUUUCUGGAUCAGUGCAGGGCUUUCACAUAAAUAUAUCACACUGAAAUAAAGCAGUAGCGUGAAGCGUUCCCGACUCCAGGCAGAGCAGAUGCAGCAAAUGAAAUCACUGAUGAAAACAAACCUGAAAAUACAGGAAGAUUUUUCCUAUAUUUGUGACAUAAAAUCAGCAUGGUGGGUGCAGAAUAGUACCUGCUUCAUGUAACUUUCAUUGACGCUUUACACAACAUUUUUAUAUAUGGAUACCUUCUGUUCAUCCAGUCAACUUGCUCAGACAAAAGCAAUAUUUAAAUGGACAGAUUGGAUUUUGAAUAUGUAAAAAUUCAUUAUUCUCCAUUGGAGUCACGUGCCUUGCGUUCAGAAUGGGUUCAGCAUUUAAGCUGAUUGUUUAAAAAUAGUUUACCAUGAAAUAUCAACAAAAUUGUCAUUUUGAUCUAACUGCUCAUUUCUUCAAGAUAAGGAAACCCACAGCAAGUCUGCAUCAUUUAUGCUGCUGCUUUUUGGUUAAACUUCUCCUAGGAGACUCCAGACUUCUAGAAUAAAAAGCUAAUGAAAGCUUUUAGAUAAAAAAAACGCAUUUAAAUUUUAUAGUUUAUAAAGAUAUUCAGAAUCCUUGCUUCUUUGCUCAGUAGACUAGAAAACAUCUGCCUGCUCUGCUGUGCUCAGAAAGAGCCCUAGAGAAUCCCUUGGCUAAGACGGAAUGAGAAAAUGUGCUUCUUUGACAAGUUGAAGUAAUCCACUUAAUAGAGCGUAAUUCACUUGCAAUCAAGUAUCCUCCCAUUACUUCUUUAUUCUAGUCUUUAUCUGAUUUCUCAACUGGAUCUAGAUUCUGAUUUGUUUGCUUCAGCUGUGUUUUAUGUGGUCUUAAAGCUGCAGGCCUGGAUGCUGCCCUGCUGUCUGCCUAGGAGUUGCUGCUGAGAUAGAGCUGAACUUCCAAUUGUUUGAUCUGAAACGGCUAAGACUGUGUUUUUCUGUUUCACUAAAUGAGCUGAGUGCAAAAAAAUUUUAUAGCCUGUAGUAUCUAGAUAUCAGCCCAAAUGUAUUUCAAACCCUUCCUCCUCCCCCCCCCAAAAAAAAGGUUCAGAUGAGUUUAGUUUUUGUUUUGCGUUGGUUCUAAACAGAAAACAAGGUAGGAUCUGAGCUUUUUUUUUUUCCCCCUCCACUUACAAGAAGUAUGAUUCUUGAAUAAAAUUUUAUUUGUGUGGAGGUUUUUUUCAUUUGAUUUCUUGAACUUUGAAUAAGAAGUAAGUAUGAGAAGUAUCAGUUUCCUGGCUGUAGGAGGAGGCACUGCUGGCAGUAAAGACUUUUUAAAAGAAUGAAAGGAAAGAAAGCUUUGACUGUUCAGAGCUAUUUAAAUGUAUUCAGUGUUCUUUACAGAGUGGUUGCGAUGGGUAUGCCAAGUUACGGGUGCAAAUUUCCAAGAAUGCUUCAUACAAAACGAUGGUGUUAACACUGGACUUCAAGAAAGUCCCAAAGUGGGUUCCUUUUGGGAAUCUUGCUACAACAAUCAUAACAAAAAAAAAAAAAAAAAAAAAAAAAGGACUUCUUUGUUUUAAAUGGGGCUCU